GCGCAGGGCUGGGCCGCGCCGCCCUCGCGCCUGAGUGAGCGCUCCACAGUCCCGGCCCGGCUCGCAGCGCCCGUGCCCGCAACAGGCCCGGCCCGGGACCCACCGCCCGCCGCUCGCCGGCCGGCGUGGCCCGCAGCCCCGAGCCAUGGAGUCGGAGGAGGAGCAGCACAUGACCACGCUGCUGUGCAUGGGCUUCUCGGACCCCGCCGCCAUCCGCAAGGCCCUGCGUCUGGCCAAGAACGACAUCAACGAGGCCGUGGCGCUGCUCACCAACGAGAGGCCCGGCCUGGACUACGGCGGCUACGAGCCCAUGGACAGCGGCGGCGGCCCGGGGCCCGGAGGGGGAGGCGGCGGCGGCCCGCGCGGCGACGGCGGCGGCGAAGGCGGACCCUCCCGCGGCGGGGGCUCCGGGGGCGGCUUCGACCCCCCGCCCGCCUACCACGAGGUGGUGGACGCAGAGAAGAAUGAUGAAAAUGGAAACUGCUCAGGAGAAGGAAUUGAAUUCCCUACGACAAAUUUAUAUGAACUGGAAAGCCGUGUUUUGACUGAUCACUGGUCUAUUCCAUACAAACGAGAGGAAUCUCUAGGCAAAUGCCUCCUGGCAUCUACCUACCUAGCGAGACUUGGUCUUUCUGAGUCUGAUGAGAACUGUAAAAGGUUUAUGGAUAGAUGCAUGCCUGAAGCAUUUAAAAAGCUCCUGACAUCAAGUGCUGUUCACAAAUGGGGUACUGAAAUUCAUGAAGGAAUCUACAACAUGUUGAUGCUAUUAAUAGAGCUAGUUGCAGAGAGAAUAAAACAAGAUCCAAUUCCCAUUGGUCUCCUGGGUGUGCUGACAAUGGCUUUUAAUCCAGAUAAUGAAUACCAUUUUAAAAACAGAAUGAAAGUCUCACAAAGGAACUGGGCAGAAGUAUUUGGAGAAGGAAAUAUGUUUGCUGUUUCACCUGUAUCGACUUUUCAAAAAGAACCUCAUGGAUGGGUUGUGGAUCUGGUUAAUAAGUUUGGAGAAUUAGGAGGAUUUGCAGCAAUCCAAGCCAAGCUCCAUUCAGAAGAUAUAGAACUUGCAGCCGUCUCCGCAUUGGUGCAGCCAUUAGGUGUAUGUGCAGAAUACCUGAAUUCCUCCGUGGUACAGCCCAUGCUAGACCCAGUCAUCCUUACCACAAUCCAGGAUGUGCGGAGCGUGGAGGAGAAAGACCUAAAAGACAAAAGACUGGUGAGCAUCCCUGAGCUCUUAUCUGCCAUCAAGUUACUUUGCAUGCGCUUUCAACCUGAUCUCGUGACGAUCGUGGAUGACCUUCGUCUUGACAUCCUCCUGCGCAUGCUCAAGUCACCACAUUUUAGUGCUAAAAUGAAUUCCCUCAAAGAAGUAACUAAACUGAUAGAGGACAGCACUUUAUCCAAAUCUGUGAAGAAUGCUAUAGAUACAGACAGAUUAUUAGAUUGGCUAGUUGAAAACUCAGUUCUGUCAAUUGCACUGGAAGGCAACAUAGACCAAGCACAAUACUGUGAUCGUAUAAAGGGGAUUAUUGAACUCUUGGGCAGCAAAUUGUCAUUAGAUGAGCUUACUAAAAUUUGGAAGAUACAGUCAGGACAAUCAUCUACCGUGAUUGAGAACAUUCACACUAUUAUUGCUGCCGCAGCUGUGAAAUUUAAUUCCGAUCAGCUUAAUCAUUUGUUUGUCCUCAUUCAGAAGAGCUGGGAGACUGAGAGUGAUAGAGUAAGACAGAAGCUUUUGAGCCUGAUUGGACGGAUAGGCCGGGAAGCUCGCCUUGAGACCACUUCUGGAAAGGUGCUGGAUGUCCUCUGGGAACUGGCUCAUCUUCCAACCCUGCCUAGCAGCCUUAUUCAGCAAGCCCUGGAGGAGCACCUGACAAUCCUGAGUGACGCGUAUGCGGUGAAGGAAGCGAUCAAGAGGAACUACAUCAUUAAGUGCAUAGAAGAUAUUAAAAGGCCUGGAGAAUGGUCAGGUUUGGAAAAAAACAAGAAGGAUGGAUUCAAGCAAGGUGGGCUGACUGGGAAUUAUGUCUCCCUGCCAGGCUACACAGAAACUAAGCAAAGGUCAUCUCAGCUUAAUAAUCCCCAGUUUGUAUGGGUGGUACCAGCUUUGCGUCAGCUCCAUGAAAUUACACGUUCAUUCAUAAAGCAAACCUAUCAAAAACAAGACAAGAGCAUUAUUCAAGACUUGAAGAAAAAUUUUGAAAUAGUGAAAUUGGUAACGGGAAGUUUGAUAGCUUGUCAUCGGCUUGCAGCAGCUGUGGCUGGGCCCGGGGGCCUGACUGGAGUGACACUCGUGGAUGGCCGAUACACUUACCGGGAGUAUUUAGAGGCACAUCUGAAAUUCCUGGCAUUUUUCUUGCAAGAAGCUACCCUGUAUCUGGGUUGGAAUCGUGCUAAAGAAAUCUGGGAGUGCCUUGUAACUGGCCAGGAUGUUUGUGAACUAGAUAGAGAGCUGUGCUUUGAGUGGUUUACAAAAGGGCAGCACGAUUUAGAGAGCGACGUGCAGCAGCAGCUCUUCAAGGAGAAAAUUCUGAAAUUAGAGUCUUAUGAAAUCACUAUGAAUGGUUUUAAUUUAUUUAAGACUUUUUUUGAAAAUGUGAAUCUCUGUGAUCAUCGAUUAAAAAGACAAGGAGCUCAAUUGUAUGUAGAAAAGCUGGAAUUAAUAGGAAUGGAUUUCAUUUGGAAAAUAGCCAUGGAAUCACCUGAUGAAGAAAUUGCUAAUGAAGCUAUUCAGUUAAUCAUAAACUAUAGUUAUAUUAAUCUAAAUCCUAGGUUAAAGAAGGAUUCAGUGUCUUUACAUAAGAAAUUCAUUGCUGACUGCUACACAAGACUAGAAGCAGCCAGCUCAGCCCUUGGUGGGCCCACUCUAACACAUGCUGUGACCAGAGCAACAAAAAUGCUUACAGCAACAGCCAUGCCAACGGUAGCAACGUCAGUGCAGUCUCCCUAUAGGUCCACCAAGCUUGUAAUAAUUGAGAGACUGCUACUUCUGGCAGAGCGCUACGUGAUUACUAUAGAGGAUUUUUACUCGGUUCCACGAACUAUUCUACCUCAUGGUGCCUCAUUUCAUGGACAUCUUUUAACUCUUAAUGUUACUUAUGAGUCUACCAAAGAUACAUUCACUGUAGAGGCCCACAGUAACGAAACCAUCGGGAGUGUGCGGUGGAAGAUAGCCAAGCAGUUAUGCUGUCCUGUGGAUAAUAUACAGAUAUUCACCAAUGAUAGCCUGUUGACAGUGAAUAAAGACCAAAAGCUGCUCCACCAGCUGGGCUUUUCUGAUGAGCAGGUCCUCACAGUGAAGACUUCUGGCAGUGGGACGCCCUCUGGGAGUUCAGCAGACUCCUCAUCCAGCUCCAGCAGCAGCAGUGGCGGGGCCUUCAGCUCAUCGUAUGCCAUGGAGCAGGAGAAAUCCCUCCCUGGUGUGGUGAUGGCUCUUGUGUGUAAUGUAUUUGACAUGCUUUAUCAGCUCGCCAAUCUAGAGGAACCAAGGAUAACUCUCCGAGUACGAAAGCUUCUGCUCUUGAUACCAACGGAUCCAGCCAUUCAGGAAGCCCUUGAUCAGCUUGACUCUUUAGGCAGGAAGAAAACAUUGUUGUCCGAAUCAAGUUCUCAGUCUUCAAAAUCUCCAUCCCUGUCUUCAAAGCAGCAGCAUCAGUCAAGUGCUAGUUCCAUCUUGGAAAGUCUGUUUCGGUCUUUUGCUCCCGGAAUGUCUACCUUUAGAGUACUCUACAACUUGGAAGUUCUAAGCUCCAAACUCAUGCCAACAGCUGAUGACGACAUGGCGAGAAGCUGUGCGAAAUCCUUCUGUGAGAAUUUCCUCAGGGCAGGCGGUUUAAGUUUGGUUGUGAAUGUCAUGCAGCGGGAUUCCAUCCCAUCGGAAGUAGACUACGAGACCAGGCAGGGUGUUUAUUCCAUCUGUCUGCAGCUUGCAAGAUUUUUACUUGUUGGACAAACCAUGCCCACGUUAUUAGAUGAAGACCUCACCAAAGAUGGCAUAGAAACGCUUGCUUCACGUCCAUUCCGAAAUGUCAGCCGGCAGACAAGCAGACAGAUGUCCUUGUGUGGUACUCCAGAGAAGUCCUCCUACCGACAGUUGUCGGUAUCAGAUAGGUCUUCUAUCAGGGUUGAGGAAAUCAUCCCUGCUGCUCGAGUUGCAAUACAAACUAUGGAAGUCGGCGACUUCACUUCCACUGUGGCGUGUUUCAUGAGGCUGUCAUGGGCUGCAGCUGCAGGACGCCUUGACCUUGUUGGGAGUGGCCAGCCAAUUAAAGAAAGUAAUUCUCUGUUUCCUGCUGGAAUUCGAAACAGACUCAGCAGUUCAGGAAGCAAUUGUAGCUCCGGCAGUGAAGGAGAACCAGUAGCCCUGCACGCAGGAAUCUGUGUCCGGCAACAGUCCGUGUCCACCAAAGACUCGCUCAUUGCCGGAGAGGCUUUGUCUCUUCUUGUCACAUGCCUGCAGCUUCGGAGCCAGCAGCUGGCAUCCUUCUAUAGCUUGCCCUGCGUUGCUGAUUUCAUCAUUGAUAUUCUGCUUGGAUCACCAAGUGCUGAGAUCCGCCGGGUCGCCUGUGACCAGCUGUACACGCUCAGUCAGACAGACACUUCAGCUCAUCCAGAGGUGCAGAAACCAAAUCAGUUCCUUCUCGGUGUCAUCCUCACAGCUCAGCUGCCUCUCUGGUCCCCAACUAGCAUCAUGAGAGGAGUUAAUCAAAGAUUAUUAUCUCAGUGUAUGGAGUAUUUUGAUUUGAGAUGCCAAUUAUUAGAUGAUCUAACAACUUCAGAAAUGGAGCAGUUACGAAUUAGCCCGGCUACCAUGCUUGAAGAUGAAAUUACGUGGCUAGAUAACUUUGAGCCUAACCGCACAGCUGAGUGUGAGACUAGUGAAGCAGACAACAUCUUACUGGCUGGACACUUGCGGCUCAUUAAGACCCUUCUUUCACUCUGUGGGGCAGAGAAAGAAAUGCUCGGUUCAUCACUCAUUAAACCAUUGUUAGAUGACUUCCUUUUCCGAGCUUCUAGAAUUAUUUUAAAUAGUCAUUCUCCAGCUGGCAGUGCCGCCAUCAGUCAACAGGACUUUCAUCCAAAGUGUAGUACAGUGAAUAGUCGGUUGGCAGCCUAUGAAGUCCUUGUAAUGUUGGCUGAUAGUUCACCUUCAAACCUUCAAAUUAUUACAAAAGAACUACUUUCUAUGCAUCAUCAGCCUGACCCUGCUCUUACCAAGGAGUUUGAUUACCUUCCCCCAGUGGACAGCAGGUCCAGCUCAGGGUUUGUGGGGCUGAGGAAUGGUGGUGCAACUUGUUACAUGAACGCAGUCUUCCAGCAGCUCUAUAUGCAGCCUGGGCUCCCUGAGUCACUGCUUUCAGUGGAUGAUGACACAGACAAUCCUGAUGAUAGUGUAUUUUACCAAGUGCAGUCUCUCUUUGGGCAUUUGAUGGAAAGCAAGCUGCAGUAUUACGUGCCUGAGAAUUUCUGGAAGAUUUUCAAGAUGUGGAACAAAGAACUUUAUGUGAGAGAACAGCAGGAUGCAUAUGAAUUCUUUACUAGUCUCAUUGACCAGAUGGAUGAAUAUCUCAAGAAAAUGGGGAGAGACCAAAUUUUUAAGAAUACUUUCCAGGGCAUCUAUUCCGAUCAGAAGAUCUGUAAAGACUGCCCUCACAGAUAUGAGCGUGAGGAAGCUUUCAUGGCGCUUAAUCUAGGAGUUACUUCUUGCCAGAGUCUGGAAAUUUCUUUGGACCAGUUUGUGAGAGGAGAAGUUCUAGAAGGAAGUAAUGCAUACUACUGUGAAAAGUGUAAAGAAAAGAGAAUAACAGUGAAAAGGACCUGCAUCAAGUCUUUACCGAGUGUCUUGGUCAUUCACCUGAUGAGAUUUGGAUUUGACUGGGAGAGUGGACGCUCCAUUAAAUAUGAUGAACAAAUUCGGUUUCCCUGGAUGCUAAACAUGGAGCCCUACACAGUUUCAGGAAUGGCUCGCCAAGAUUCAUCCUCCGACGUUGGUGAAAAUGGUCGAAGUAUGGAUCAGGGAGGUGGAGGAUCCCCACGGAAGAAAGUUGCCCUCACGGAAAACUACGAACUUGUCGGUGUCAUCGUGCACAGUGGACAGGCGCAUGCGGGCCACUACUAUUCUUUCAUUAAGGACAGGCGGGGAUGUGGAAAAGGAAAGUGGUAUAAGUUUAAUGACACAGUUAUCGAGGAAUUUGACCUAAAUGAUGAGACCCUGGAGUAUGAAUGCUUUGGAGGAGAAUAUAGACCAAAAGUUUAUGAUCAAACAAACCCGUACACUGAUGUACGUCGAAGAUACUGGAAUGCCUAUAUGCUCUUCUACCAGAGGGUAUCUGAUCAAAACUCUCCAGUGUUGCCAAAGAAAAGUCGAGUCAGUGUUGUAAGGCAGGAAGCUGAGGAUCUCUCUCUGUCAGCUCCAUCCUCACCAGAGAUUUCACCUCAGUCAUCUCCUCGGCCCCAUCGGCCCAACAAUGACCGACUUUCUAUUCUGACCAAGCUGGUUAAGAAGGGCGAGAAGAAAGGACUAUUUGUGGAGAAAAUGCCGGCUCGAAUAUACCAGGGUCUUUGCUGUGUAGGUCAGGCUGCUCUUAAACUCACUGUGCCCUGCUCAGGCUGGUCUCAGACUCGUGACCAUCCUCCUGCCUUAACCCCCAGAGUGCUGGUAUUACAGGCAUGUGUCACAGCCCUGGCCUGUAGUGUUAUUCUAAAGACUAAAUUAAAGCAUCCAUAUUAUCCUUGCAUGGCAAAAGUGAGCUUGCAACUAGCCAUUCAGUUCCUUUUCCAAACUUACCUUCGGACAAAGAAAAAACUCAGGGUGGACACUGAAGAAUGGAUUGCUACUAUUGAAGCAUUACUUUCAAAAAGUUUUGAUGCUUGCCAGUGGCUUGUUGAAUAUUUUAUUAGUUCCGAAGGACGAGAAUUGAUAAAGAUCUUCUUGCUGGAGUGCAGCGUGCGAGAAGUGCGAGUUGCUGUGGCCACCAUUCUGGAGAAAACCUUAGACAGUGCCUUGUUCUAUCAGGAUAAGCAGUUAAAAAGCCUUCAUCAGUUACUGGAAGUACUCCUUGCUCUUCUGGAUAAAGAUGUCCCCGAAAAUUGCAAAAACUGUGCUCAGUACUUUUUCCUGUUCAACACCUUUGUGCAGAAGCAAGGUAUCAAGGCUGGGGACCUCCUCCUGCGGCACUCGGCGCUGAGACACAUGAUCGGCUUCCUGCUCGGGGCUGGCCGGCAGAACAGCCAGAUACGCCGCUGGAGUUCAGCCCAAGCGCGGGAGUUUGGGAAUCUCCACAACACGGUAGCGUUGCUUGUCCUGCACUCGGAUGUCUCUUCCCAAAGGAAUGUUGCUCCUGGCAUGUUUAAACAGCGGCCACCCAUCAGUAUUGCUCCCGGGAGUCCGUUACUGCCCCUCCACGAGGAAGUAGAAGCCUUGCUGUUCCUGUCGGAAGGGAAGCCUUACCUGUUGGAGGUCAUGUUUGCCCUGCGAGAGCUGACGGGCUCCCUGCCAGCACUCAUCGAGAUGGUGGUGUACUGCUGCUUCUGCAACGAGCGCUUCUCCUUCACCAUGCUGCACUUCAUCAAGAACCAGCUAGAAACUGCUCCACCCCAUGAGUUAAAGAAUACAUUCCAACUGCUUCAUGAGAUACUGGUCAUUGAAGACCCCAUACAAGUGGAGCGAGUCAAAUUUGUGUUUGAGACGGAAAAUGGAUUGCUAGCUUUGAUGCACCACAGUAAUCAUGUGGACAGCAGUCGCUGCUACCAGUGUGUCAAGUUCCUUGUAACCCUUGCUCAAAAGUGCCCUGCUGCUAAAGAAUACUUCAAGGAAAACUCCCACCAUUGGAGCUGGGCCGUGCAGUGGCUGCAGAAGAAGAUGUCAGAACAUUACUGGACACCACAGAGUAACGUCUCUAACGAAACUUCAACUGGAAAAACCUUUCAGCGAACCAUCUCAGCCCAGGAUACAUUAGCGUACGCCACAGCUCUGCUGAAUGAAAAGGAGCAGUCAGGAAGCAGUAACGGGUCGGAGAGCAGUCCUGCCAAUGAGAACGGAGAGAGACACCUGCAGCAGGGUUCAGAGUCUCCCAUGAUGAUUGGUGAGCUAAGAAGUGACCUUGAUGACGUCGACCCUUAGAGGAAGCUGUCCCGCACCUGACAGAACUGGGUGUCAGCACUUCCGGAAACAGAAUCUCACCUUUGAAACCAUUGUCGGAGCCUGGGGACAGGCCAGGACACAGCGGACAUCGGGGCUAUGUCCUCGGAGGCUUCCCUGGCCACAAGGCCAGGAGGUGACCAGCAUGUGGCCAGCUGUCCCGAGGCACAGUCCUCGUGCAGAACGGAUGCUUCUGUGGAAUCUGAGGAAGGAGCGCUGGCGGCAGACUUCUGUCACAUGAACAUUCGAGAGUGGGGGAGCUGUUGCUUUCUCCAUGGGCCAACAAAGGAUUCCCUUAGCUUUUAUACUCUUAAGAAAAAAUAGCAAGCUGCCGCUAGGUUUGUGAGGGCAAAUUUUUAAUGUUGCAGUAACAUUGAAUAGGAAUAUCCAAUUUAAAUGAUGUAAAGCUAUGUGGUAAAAUUCUUUUUCAUUGUAAAAUAGUAGUUAAAGAGUUCAGUUUACACAGACCUUUGUAUUUAAUAUGUCUCCCUUCUUGUAUAGAAUUUCAGAUGGGUCUGAUUGAGAGCCCUGGGCAUAAGCUUAAAUCUUGAUGAAAUGUUACCAUGAUCAAAAUUGGAACACAUUAAGCUCUUUAAGGUAUUUUCUGAUAUGAUUAAAAUUGAAAAGAGCAAUAAAAUAAAAAAGCUGUUUCCAGCAGUGCAGGGUGCAUUCUCUGACAUCGGGCAUUAAAGAAGUCAGGAGUGGUUCCCAAAUCAAAUUUUUAAAACAGCAAAAUAAAAAGCACUUUAAGAUAUAAUUUUAUUGAGUUUGACUUCAUAAAAUUAUCUUUUUAAUGCUUGGAGACAUAUUGAAUAAACUGUAGUCUUAAGUCCUGUGAUCUGCAAUCAUUUGCUUUUACUGAGAACAUAAUUUCUGAAGCCCUUGGUAGUGGUAUCCGUGGAAUUGAGUGUCUGCACUGGGGGAACUGCUGGAGGAGUUUCACAGUGCAUUUCGUGCUCACCUAAACAUGACUCAUCAGCCCUGAAGAAGCAGGAUGGGAAGCCUUGCUGGAAAGCACUGGCGAAAAACGUGUACCACCCAUUGAGCUGCACCACCCGCUGGGUUCAGGUUAGGCACCAGCCCCCUGCUGGGGCGAGGGUGGGGACCACAGCAACACCCCUGUACUUGGAACGUUCUGUCUUGAAAUGGUCGUACCCUGUUGUCCUGUUUUGCCUCUAGUUACAAGUUCUGCUCACUGCAUGCAGAACUGGGGAAGCCUUAGGAAGUGCCGGGUUGCCACUGUGGAACUCGCAAGUCAGAGGCACAGCCAGCCCCAGAGUGCCUUUUUGAUUGCGUUUGCACUUGUGGGGACAUGUGACAGCAGACAGCUUCACCGCCUGCACGCGCAGCCCUUCUCUCGCCUGUUCCGCUGUGGCAGUUCCUGUGCAGUCAGACUUCAGCCUGUCCUUCACAACCAACCACAGGCUGCUGACAGAUUUUGUCAGACUCACAGGAAGGUGGAAGGCCAGAGAAGCAGACGGCACGUCUGACGUGGACCUGGUGUUCUUGCAGUUGUAAAUGUGAUGUGACUGAGUAUCUCGUAUCCUACCACGUCCCCCACCCUGGCCCUCACCUGUCCACACCCGUCUUCCUGUAAAGAUUGUGUGGGACUUUGAAAUGCUAGCGAGGAUACUUGUGGGAAUAUCAUCGCUGGCAGCUGCACUCUCAGGAGCCCCAAACCAGGAGUGAAAUCACCACUUCUAGUCCCCUUAUUUCCUAUGGAAACGCCUCCUGCCCCGGCCCUGCCAGCCUCGCACAAAGCUGUGGCAGGGUCACCUCACUCCAGCUUCGGUUUGUGUCCUUAGGUUGUGAGCAUUGACUCCACGAUGCCAGUAACCACUUGAUUUCCAACAGCUGCAGUCAACAAGCCUGCUGAGGACUUUUUUUAAUGUAGUUCCACAAAGUGACAAAUUGUGACAGGCUUGCCUUGGAAAAGUUGUCAUUUUUACUGCCAAUUUUUUGGAUGAAGUUUUUUAUAACCUUUCACAACGGUCUGCAAAUUGAGCAAGAAUUGCACAAAGGACUCAGUGCUCCGUGUUGUCGAAGCUGUGCAGCAAAGGCCAUUCUGGGCGUCCCGGACAGGAGCAGCAUCCUGGGGACAGCUCAUCCACGACCCAGCCGCUGGCACCUGGCUUAAGUCCUAGGACCUGGAGCGCGGAGCCUUCUCCCUGCCUCCCUCCCUGCGGACAUCGAGACGUGUGCAGUCCCUCUGAGCUUGGAACAAGCAGGCUGGAAUUGUCCUCUGCUACCUCUUUGUGUACAAAAUCUUGUUUAUAAAAUUUCAAAAGAAAGUAGAUAAACUAGGAAAGACUCUUAAUUCUAAACUUGGUUCAUGCGUGGCAGAGUUCUCAGCUUCUGAAAGUACAAAAUAAAUUUUUCAAAAAUGUA